ACAACAAUAUGCCUCCCGAGUCACCUCUCUCCCGUCACUCUUAUUAUGGCCCUCAGUCGACGGGAUGAGAUUCUCGCAGGUAUCGCUACAUUUAUUGCUUGGGGAUAUGCUGUUAAUUGGAUGCCAGUGUUGCGCUGGGCGGGCUACGCUUUCGUCUUAGGUCUCAUCCUGCCCAUCGUGGGUUUGCUCGGAUUACUCGUCACCACCUCCCGAGGAAGCAAAUAUGGCGAACGGAACAGCCAAAUCCGCCCCAGGGGACCGAAGUUCCUUGUGGCGACAGAAUGGGAUAAGGAAGUUGCGGCAUUGCGAAGUCGGCAGGCAUACCACUGGAAACCACUGUACCCCGAGUCCUUCAUGAUUUCCAAUGCGCUGGACCAACUCCUGGAGUUUAUAUUGAGGGACUUCGUCAAUACGUGGUACUCGAGUAUCAGCAAGAACCCGGUGUUCAUCAACGAAGUGGACAAAACGAUCAGACUUGCGCUCAUGAACCUGCUGGAUGCUAUCGUCGAGCUGGAUAUUACGGAGAUUGUGACAACUCGUUUUGUGCCAAUCCUCACAGCCCAUUUCAAAGAUUUCUACGAGGCGGAGAGGGCGGUGCGGGGGAAGCACUUGAACCGACAGGUUACCGAGUCGGAAGAGCUAGAUUUGGCAAUUGCUGGGAAAUACAAGGAGGGGAAACUACACCCGGCGGCUUCUUUGGCGUAUUCAGAUGCGAAGUUGGCACAGCAAGGAUAUUUGAGGGGUCUCACUAAGGAUUUACUACCAAAAUUGCUGCCGGAAAGGGUUAUCGCUAGUCGUGCUGUGGGUGUCCUAAUCCAAGAACUAGUUUCUUGCGCUGUACUCUCUCCCGUGAUGCAGCUUUUGGCUGAGCCUGAUACGUGGAACCAGGUUAUGGAGGCCUACGUAUGUCUCUUCCCUCUGUAUACUAAAUUGAGUAUACUAAUGUCAAGACUCUAGGGGCGUACAAUGCUUCAGGACAGAUCAACAGUUAAAAAGCUACGCGCGGCUUUAGAUGAGCAUGCGUCUCCAGCUCCACGGCCACAACGGACUGCACCAUUUCCCCGUAUUUCACCAGGAGAUCAUGAACGCAGGUUUGAGAAAUUUGUACGUGCUAUUCGAAAGGUCAACAACCUCUCAGAUGCUCGUCGCUUUCGAAGCGAGGUUUCUAGUCAGCUGAAAAGAGACGCUAUACAGGAGGGCCAGGAUCCAGUAUAUCUAAGACGGUUAGAAAUUGGCAAGCGCAUAUUGGACCAGCGAGUCAAUCAUUUGGCGGCUGGUAGCGAGAGAAACUCACAAUCAGAUAUACCCCGGAGAGGCUCGCAAGUCUCUAAACUUGAGCACGCUUCCUUAGUUAAUUUGUUGCGUGACCCUUCUGCUCUGUCCUAUUUUAUCGAAUAUAUGGACAGGCAAAAUCUGAUGCACAUGGUUCAGUUUUGGAUGGUGGUUGACGAGCUUCGAAACCCAUUAGAGGAUGAGUCUGUUGAAGAAGACGAGAUACCCGCAACUAUUGCUCCCUGGACGGACGCGGCUAGAACAGAUCUUGCAAUGAUCAAUGAAGCAUAUUUGUCGAAGCCAGAACUCAAAGUCUCGGAAGCAUCAAAACAAUUAGUCCGAGAUUUUCUCAGGGCAGGUAAACAGGCAACUCCAAAACAAUAUUUUCUCGCCCGAAGAGCUGUAUUACGAGCCCAGACUGCGGCGUUAGAGUCAAUGCAAGAAAAGCACCUUGCCAACUUCAGAAAGUCGGACCUUUUCUACAAGUGCCUGACCUCCCAAGAAGCAUCGAAUUUGCAACUGUCACAGCCGUCACCACUUGGACCAUCAAGAAUAGACACCGCCCAAAAGCCCAAUCUCCCUGUUCGAGCAGCUUCAGCCCAAGUAAUUUCAGGGAAGCCGGCACCACUUUCGAGAAUUUCCGCAAAGCUAGUUCCAAAAAGACAGGAUCUCCUCCGUACAGCUGUUUCAACUAACGAUCUAGGAUCUGAAGCUCCUCGUACGCCAGACAAUUCAUUUGAGUCCAGGCGAUCAUUUGACGAUGAUCAUCCGUCUCCAUUGUUUGACGACGAAGAGUUUGAAAACGAUGGCAUGGGCAAUUCUAUACAUAGCAUAGAUCAAGCACCACACAGUAGAGCGCCAGACAACAAUGUUGUGGAAGCCAUGGAAGCAGCUCUGAACAAUAUCAUGGAAGCCAAGCCUGAUGUGGAGGAUCUCCGAAAGUCAUUGUUCGGUGAAGAUCUUGAAUCCUCGACUCAUAGCAUUACCUCACCGAACGGCAACAACUCCACACGAAGUUCUAUUGACCACAAGCGAGCUGAUUUAUUCGGCUUUGGCGACAAAACGGAGAAGCCAAGUAUUGCAUCACUUGGCCUUGUCAACACUUCGUCCAGAAUUGGAGUUUUUACUGAUGAUGAUCUCUUCGGCGAUGAACAAAAGUUCUUGUCAGAUGAGCACGAUGAUCCAGAGGAAGACAUAAAUAAGGAGGAGGAGGAAGUCCAUGAAGCAGCUCCUGGGGAUCUUGGCCUUAUGGAAGCUAUCACUGCCCUCACGACCGAUAUCGAUAGACUUGAGGCUCAGGAUGCAGUUGUUGACUCACUAACGAGAAAAGCCGAGCUGACCAAUAACAAUGCAGAACUCCGAAUUCUUCGGAAGUCAAAAGCAAGCCUACAAAGGGAGAUUCGACGUAAAGAGCUCCAGCGCCAGCAAUAUGUGAUUCAAGAGAGUGAUAACAGUCUCUAUGGACGCUCAACCAUCAAAAUCAAAUCUAUUAUGGUAGGAAAAGAGCCCGACGGCCGGGAGUAUGCCGUUUAUGUCGUUGAGGUUCAGCGAAAAGCGGGCGAACAGAUGCCAGCAGCAACCUGGACUGUCACCCGUCGCUACAGUGAAUUCCACGAACUUCAUCAGCACCUGCGCAUCAAAUACCCAUCAGUACGAAAUCUUGACUUUCCAAGACGACGGAUGGUGAUGAAGCUACAAAGUGACUUUCUCCACAAACGAAGACUGGCACUGGAGAAUUAUCUUCGAGAGAUCCUUUUUCUACCAGAUGUUUGUCGCAGUCGAGAACUGCGUGCUUUCUUAUCUCAGAGUGCAAUUGCCCCAGGUACUGAAGGUCUCUAUGAUCAAACCGACAAGACGGACAUCAUGACCAGAUUUUACAAUUCUGUCACGGAUGGUAUGGAAGAUCUGCUUGGGAACCUGCCUGUAUUGGAUCAACUUUCUGUUGCCGGACAAAAUCUAUUGUCUGCUGCAACUAGCCAAUUAAUCACCAUGCCAGCAGCCAUUAGCGAAGAUCCGCUCACUGCAGCUGAAGCGGAAGCCGAACUCAAUGCUUUCGAGGACCGAGAACUUGAGCCUUUUGUCAAACCAAUUUGUGACAUCUUUCUGGAAGUUUUUGAGCUUAAUCGUGGCAAUAAUUGGUUACGAGGUCGAGCAGUUGUCGUUGUUCUCCACCAGUUAUUAGGGGGUACCAUCGAACGGAAAGUUCGCGAUAACGUCAAAGGCAUCAUCUCUGAAGAAGCAAUCAUCAAGUAUGUGAAUACACUCAAAGAUUCCAUGUGGCCUGGUGGUCAAUUCAAGAAAGAUGGGAAGCCAAGAAGCGUAUCAGAGAAGGUCAAGAGCCGGACUGAGGCAAGUUUGAUGCUUGCAACUUUGAUUCCAGAUUUGGCAGCGAGUGUUGUAGGGAGGGUUAAUGCUCAAGCUGCGAGUCGACGAAUCUUCGCGACAUUUAAUAAUCCGAGGUUGAAGUGAGUUGGUUCUUUAUAUACCCUUUUCUUGGUUUCUUGUGAUCUUGCCUUCACCAGGUGCUUGAUGGAUUAGAUAUGCUAACGAAAGUAGUGUGCAUCUUGCUUUCACAAUGCUAGAUGAGAUUGUUGAUGUAUUAUUUGGGGAUGUUCGGACAUAGGCAGGAUUGCGCAAGCAAUGCUUACAGUACUCUACGUCGGGUUUUUAGCAUAGGCGUUUUGGGGAGCAGGUGUCGAUUGCGGAGACCUAGGGGCAUGCAUUUAUAUGUGGCGUUGAAGGCUUGAACUUUUGGAGAAGAGUGGAAUUUUGCUUUGAUCAGUACAUAUCAAUGCUCCGAUUCUUGUGGUGGGCGAUGAGUUGUAUAUAUACCGGCGGUUCCUCAAAGCUUUGGACGAAUUGGAAGUAUAUUUGAG